GCCCCAAGCAGUCGCCUGCACACACACACACACACACACACACACACACCGACUGUAGUUGUGAAAUCCGCUCAUGAUUGGGUUCAUUAAUAAAUAAACAGUUGGGUGUCAUGGCGGAAUCCGCAGCGUGUCCUCCCUUCCAGCUCGGCAGAGCCCGAUACGACCAGGGUUCCUUCCUCGGUCGUCUGAGGCACUUUGUUGACAUCAUCGACCCCAGCACCCUGUUUGUGUCCGAGAAGCGAUUGAAAGAAUGCAUCAAACUCCUGGAUGAUUAUAAAUGCGGCACGCUUCCACCUGGAGUGUCUGAUCUUCAGCUGUGGGACGCACAGAAGGUCAAGCAGGCCAUCAUUCAUCCUGACACAGGGGAGAAGAUCUUCAUGCCAUUUCGAAUGUCAGGUUAUGUACCAUUCGGAACGCCAAUUGUCAUUGGCCUUCUUCUCCCAAAUCAGACUGUGGUGUCUACCAUUAUCUGGCAGUGGCUGAACCAGAGUCACAAUGCCUGUGUGAAUUAUGCCAACCGCAAUGCCACAAAGCCUACACCAACAUCCAAGUUUCUUCAAGGCUAUGUCGGAGCCGUGACGAGUGCUGUCUCCAUUGCAGUGGGACUGAAUGUGCUGAUUCAGAAGGCCAACAAGUUGAGCCCUGCCACCAGAAUGAUAAUCCAGAGACUUGUGCCGUUCCCAGCUGUAGCGAGUGCAAACAUCUGUAAUGUGGGUCUGAUGAGACACAACGAGCUGUCUGAAGGGAUUGAUGUCCUGGACAACACUGGGAAUGUAGUAGGAUCCUCCAAGAUCGCUGCAAAACAUGCAAUCACGGAGACGGCCUUCACACGUGUGGUUCUCCCGAUGCCGAUCUUUGUCCUGCCCCCCAUCAUCAUGUCCUACCUAGAGAGGCUGCGAUUCGUGCAGAGCAGCCGCAGAUUGUUGCUGCCCAUCCACAGCGUUGUGUGCCUGGUUACCUUUGGCCUCUCCCUGCCUGUGGCCAUCAGCCUGUUCCCACAGAUGUCUCAGAUUGAGGUGUCUCGUCUUGAACCAGAGAUUGCCAUGGCAACAGAUUGCAAGGUGGUGACCUACAACAAGGGUUUAUGAUGGAGAGGAGAGGAGGACGGAGAUGAGGGAGAACCUACUGUCGACAGGUUCAGGACCUUUCUGCUGCAGUGUCAGAGGAGAGGCUGUAGAUCAUCGUGUACUAAACCAGGGUUUCUAAAAAUGUUUUGUUCUCUCAUCAUCCUAUAGCAACUACUGAGUCGUGGCUUCUUCUGAUGUUGAAAAUGGGACAGAUUAGUCUUUUCUCUCCUUGCUGUUUUCAACAAAUAAGCAGCUCUGUAUAUAGAAAUGAUUAUAUAUUUACUGGAAAAUAUUUUUUUUUGCAUUGAUAGAAUUAUUUUAAUAUAUCAUUUAAUAUUCAAUGCAGUUUGAACCUGCAACUUUGUCCACUUUGACUGUUGAAACAAGCUAUGACAACACAACAUUGACAUACGACGACCUGUCGAUGUGGUCGAACCUUGUGUGAUUGCAAAAUUGUUUGCAAACCGUUGCCCAUGUACACAUCCGGCAGAUUCGCAGCAACAUUAUCUAAUUGGAGUUUGUUUUUUUUGCCACCAAAUGAACUGAAGUUCACAAGCCACUCUUGUUUUUUGUCUCCACCGACUUCUGAGAUAUAUCUCUGGUUCUUCAGCUGCUCAAUGCUCCACUGUGUUCACCAGCUAGUUGCCAAGUACGGUGGGUUUAUCAGAGUGUUUUCACCGAAAACAGCUGCAGGGUGCAGACAAAAAACGGAGACUGAAGCAAAACAGUAAAGUCGUGGGCUGGAGAAACAAAAAUAGUGAGGUGAAAAAAACAAUAAAGCUCAGAAGGGCUGAGGGGAACUGUGCACAGCUCUUUUCACGUGCACAUAUCCACGUGACUUAUUGUUUAUAUAAGAAAAUUGAUUUUUAGCUGCUUCAAUACUAUCCAUGAGGUUUUAUGUCACCAGACCUGCUGUUCCACGGAUGUGUACGUGCACUGACUGCACUUUGUUCAGGUGGAGGUGGCCGUGUUGUAAACAGGCCAGGAUUUGUGGCACGACACAGAGGGAGGUUAGCUACUGUACGUCAACUGUCAUUUUUUGCCAUGCUGUAUUUUUCUUUAGGGUCCCUUCAAAUAUGAUAUGAAUGAAUUGUAGCCGAGGCAUGUAGUAAGUGACCCUGAAUUAUCUUUGGCCGUCCUGCACAGCAAUUUAUUGUUAUUAUCUGCCGACAAAAUAUGCUGAUACUGAUAUAUCUGCAAUAAGCUAAUACACACUGAUGUAUCUGCAUAGUCAGUUUAUUGUUUUUUUCAAAUGGUGCUCCAACCUGAUAUUAGAUAAACUGCAUUAUGUAUAUUGAUUGAGAGAAUGACACAGGGAUUGAUCACUAUGGAACGAUAUUACCAAUAUAAAGCCCCUCUGUCAGUGGCUCUGUAUGAGGGCACAUGGAGACUGUACUGUAGGUGUUUAUAAGAUCACAUGAUUUGGUAAUUUAUAUAUAAUGUCACAUAUUUUAACCUAAAUAAUGUGAAUUUCAGCUCUUCACUGUCUUUACAUCUUUCCCCUCCAGUAGCCAAAUACUGUGUAUUAACUAGUAUGAAGGGCGUUUGACUCCAAUACUGACUGUUUGUUAAACCUCUGCUGUAUUCCUUAAUGAAAUAGUUAUUUUGUAUUUUAAACAUGUAUUUCAACGUAUUAUAACCUACAGUAUAUAUUAUACUUCUGAUGAUGAACUAGUAUUUUUAAUUCUUUGUAUAGUACUUUUGCUGCUACUACAAGUUUAUUAAAUGUUUGCUAUUCAAACAGUGUGAAACACGUAUCAAUGAUAUUUGAAAACAUAGAAUAAAUACACUUUCUCCAUUUA